AUGGAAGACUGCACACAUCAGGAUACAUAUAAUGGUGUUUGCAAAAUAUGUGGUUUGUGCAUCGAGGAUACAGAUUAUGUGUCUUCAUAUACGCCUUGUAGAUUCAUCAUCCCUACAAAGUUCAAGUAUUUUGUCAUAAAUAGGAUUGGGCGGUAUGAACGAUGCGCAGAGUCUUUGCUUGGUAUUCUGAAUGUAUCCGAAUACAGUGAGCAGGUUAAGCAGCUUUUAAAAUCCAAGGAGUUUGUUCGCAGGAUAAAUCCAAACAGCAAAGUUCUUGGUGCGAUCUAUUAUGUUCUGAAGAUGAAUGAUUACCCAAUAUCAUAUCACGAUCUUCAGCCAUAUAUGCUGCAGCACAUGAUUUAUGUCAAACGGGUUGUCCUCAAGGACUUCGAAUACAUAAACAUGUCAAUUGAGUAUUUGACUGCAAUAUUCAACAGAACAAAGGAGUUCUAUUGCCGAGGAAGAACUCAAAAUGAUUUGAAACAGCAAGAAGCAUUCAAAGACUCUGAUCUAGAUGGAUUUAUUAGGAUAUGCACAAGAAAUAGACGCACAAAUCCAUAUCUGCUGUGCAUGGCCUACUUCAUAAGAAACAAAAGCAUCCAAACAUCUUACAAUCAGUUUGGUCUUAAGGUUCUUAUAGAGAUUACUCAGCUCAGAGCCAUCGUUAAGACAGUUAAGAACAUAAUUAAAGCAGAAUCCCUUGAAGAUCUUACAGAUGUUAAAAUACGAAGAAAAUUCAUUAAGAAAAAUGCAAAAGAAUAUUUUAUGAAUUGGAUUCUUAGAAAGCGUUAA